CUGCUCACUCUGGGUGGCUUGGACAUUCAAAGAGAAAAAAUAAAGCCUAACCAACGCGAUUAGCUUUCCGUUACUCGAAAACCUUCAAGGAAAUAGUAAAAAAAACCAUGUCCUUGGCUGACGUGUCCGGUCAAUUCAAUUUUCCCAAAGAAGAGGAGAAAAUCCUCGAGUUUUGGCGAGAAAUUGAUGCAUUCAACACUUCGAUCGAGUUAAACAAAGAUAAAAAACCAUACACUUUCUUCGAUGGCCCACCUUUCGCCACCGGUCUUCCUCAUUACGGCCAUUUGCUCGCCGGUACCAUCAAGGAUAUCGUCACCCGAUAUGCUCACAAUACCGGUCAUCAUGUUGAACGUCGUUUCGGUUGGGAUACGCACGGUCUUCCCGUUGAAUACGAAAUUGACAAGAAACUUGGCAUCAAAGGUAAAGAAGAUGUCAUGGCCAUGGGUAUUGACAAGUACAAUGCCGAGUGCCGUGCUAUUGUCAUGAGAUAUUCCAGCGAAUGGCGCAAGACCGUCGAACGUAUGGCUCGCUGGAUUGAUUUUGACAAUGAUUACAAGACUUUGGAUCCCCGUUUCAUGGAAUCCGUCUGGUGGGUAUUCAAGAAGCUUUACGAUGAUGACCAAGUCUACCGUGGUCAAAAGGUUAUGCCUUAUUCAACUGCUUGCCAUACCCCUCUCUCCAAUUUUGAAUCUUCUCAAAAUUACAAGGAUGUCAAUGAUCCUGCCGUUGUUGUCGGUUUCCCUCUGCUGAGCGAUCCCGCUACCCAGUUGCUUGCUUGGACCACCACACCUUGGACUUUGCCCUCCAGCAUGGCGCUUUGUGUGCAUCCCGAUUUUGAAUACAUCAAGAUCAAGGACGAAUUGACUGGCAACCAAUACAUUUUGAUGGAAAAGCGCUUGGAUUCGCUUUACAAAGACGUUAAAAAGGCCAAAUUUACCAUUCUCGAACGCUACAAGGGUGUCGACAUGAAAGGGUGGGAAUUCGAACCCAUGUUUCCCUUCUUUGCCGAGGAAUUCAAGGGCAAGGCUUUCAAGGUCAUGGUCGAUACCUACGUUACUGAUGACUCUGGUACCGGUAUUGUCCAGAACGCUCCCGCCUUUGGUGAAGACGAUUACCGCGUGUGUGUGGAGCACGGCGUGAUUGAUGUCGAUGGACAUCUUCCCUGCCCUCUGGACGACAAGGGUUGCUUCACCGAUGAGGUGCCUCUGUUCGCCGGUAUGUACGUCAAGGAUGCCGACAAAGCCAUUCAAAAGGAUAUGAAGGCCCGCGGUCGUUUGAUCGUUCAGUCCCAGAUCAUGCAUAGUUAUCCUUUCUGCUGGCGUUCCGAUACGCCUUUGAUCUACAAGGCUGUUCCCGCUUGGUUCGUUCGUGUGAAGCCCGUGAUUGACAAGAUUCUGGCUUGCAAUGACCAGAUGCGCUGGGUGCCUUCUUUUGUUCAGGAAAAGCGUUUCGCCAACUGGAUUGCCAAUGCUCGCGAUUGGAACAUCUCUCGUAACCGUUACUGGGGUACACCUAUUCCUUUGUGGGUCAGUGAGGAUUACCAGGAAAUCGUCGCUGUUGGUUCCAUCAAGGAACUGGAAGAAUUGAGCGGUGUAUCGCCCAUCACCGAUCUUCACCGAGAAAGCAUCGAUAAGAUCACCAUUCCCUCCAAGACCGGCCGUGGCCAAUUGCGCCGUAUCGAAGAAGUCUUUGACUGUUGGUUUGAAUCCGGUUCCAUGCCUUACGCUCAACAACACUAUCCUUUCGAGAAUGCCGACAAAUUCAAGGAUGGUUUCCCUGCCGAUUUCAUCUCCGAAGGUAUUGAUCAGACCCGUGGUUGGUUCUACACCUUGUUGGUCCUUUCCACCCACUUGUUCAACUCGCCUCCCGCCAAGAACGUCAUUGUUAGCGGUCUUGUCCUUGCCUCCGACGGUAAGAAGAUGAGUAAGCGUUUGAAGAACUAUCCCGAACCUGGUCUCGUCCUCGACAAAUUCGGUGCCGAUGCUCUGCGCUUAUACCUUAUCAACUCACCGGUCGUUCGUGCUGAAACCCUGCGAUUCAAGGAAGACGGUGUCAAGGAAAUUGUCUCCAAGGUGUUCUUGCCCUGGUACAAUGCAUUCAAGUUCUUUAUCACGCAAACCGCCGUGUUGAAGAAGGAAUUCGAUUAUGAUUUCAUGUACGAGCACGAUAUGAGAAAAUCCGACAAUGUCAUGGAUCGUUGGGUGUUGGCCAGUUGCCAGUCCUUGAUCAAGUUUGUUCGCGAUGAAAUGGGUGCUUACCGUUUGUACACUGUCGUCCCCCGUCUGUUGAAGUUGAUCGAUACCUUGACCAACUGGUACGUUCGUUUCAACCGCAAGCGCUUGAAGGGUGAAAACGGUAAAGCCGAUGCUCAGUUGGCCAUGAACACUUUGUUUGAAGUGUUAAUCACCUUGUGCUUGACCAUGGCUGCAUUCACUCCCUUCUUGACCGAGAACAUGUACCAGACCUUGAAGAAAUUCAUGCCUCGCAAUCCCGACAUUGUCGACGAUCGUUCCGUCCAUUUCUUGCCCUUCCCUACGGUUCGCGAAGAAUACUUUGAUCCCGAGAUUGAACGUGCGGUCGGUCGCAUGCAAGCUGUCAUCGAAUUGGGUCGUACCAUCCGUGAAAAGAAGACGAUCUCUCUCAAGACUCCCUUGAAGCAAUUGGUCGUUAUCCACAACGAUGCUCAAUAUCUUGCCGAUCUCAAGGGCUUGUCGGAAUACAUCCGCGACGAAUUGAACGUCCAGGAAAUCGUUCUCACUGAAGAAGAAAACAAGUACGGUGUCAAAUACAAGGCCGAAGCCGACUGGAAGGUGCUGGGUCAAAAGCUCAAGAAGGACGUCAUGAAGGUCAAGAAGGCUUUGCCCGAUCUCACCAGUGAUCAAGUCAAGGAAUUCGUUUCUACCAAGGAAAUGAUCGUCGCCGGUAUCAAGGUGACCGAUGAAGAUCUCAACGUGGUUCGAUACAUCGAUUCGGAUGCGGCUCAGUAUGAAACAAAUAGCGAUCGUGAUGUUCUCAUCUUAUUAGACACCAAACGUUACGCCGAUCUUGAACAAGAGGGUUUGGCUCGUGAAGUGAUCAACCGUGUCCAACGUCUCCGCAAGAAGGCCAACCUGUUGCCUACUGAUGAUAUCACCAUGUAUUACCGAUUUACCAAGGACGACAAUAAUGAAUUAGAAAACGCCAUCCAAUCUCAGGAAGCCGUCAUUGUGCGUGUUCUCAAAAAGACCUUGUCCGACGUUAAACUCAUGCCCGAAAACGCAAACAUCAUCAUUGAAGAACCACAAGAGGUAUGUGAUUUUUUUUUCCAAGAAAAGAACGGUUUCCGGUAGAUGAUGACGCUGACAUCGUUUUUGCUUAAUAGGUGAAUGACUCCAAAUUUGAU